UUGUUCGGAGGAGGCGGACCUGAGAGGGUGCAGUUCGUGACGCUCACGCCCGGGGCUUCAGCUCUUCUUUCCUCACUCGUGUGGCUCCGGCUCCUGCGGGGAAAGUGUGACUGGGUCUGAGGGAACCGCACCAAUGGCUUCCGUGCUGUCCUACGAAAGCCUGGUCCACGCCGUGGCGGGAGCCGUGGGAAGCGUGACAGCAAUGACCGUGUUUUUUCCCUUGGAUACUGCUCGACUUCGACUUCAAGUUGAUGAGAAAAGAAAGUCCAAAACUACACACAUGGUGCUCCUGGAGAUCAUUAAAGAAGAAGGCCUCCUGGCCCCAUAUCGAGGGUGGUUUCCAGUUAUCUCCAGUCUCUGCUGCUCCAAUUUUGUCUACUUCUACACUUUUAAUAGCCUCAAAGCCAUCUGGGUCAAAGGUCAGCAUUCUACUACUGGAAAAGACCUGGUAGUUGGAUUUGUUGCAGGAGUGGUGAAUGUGUUGCUAACAACUCCACUCUGGGUGGUAAACACCAGACUGAAGCUGCAAGGGGCAAAGUUUAGAAAUGAAGACAUUGUACCAACCAACUACAAAGGUAUUAUUGAUGCUUUUCACCAGAUCGUUCGUGAUGAAGGACUCUUGUCUUUAUGGAAUGGCACAUUUCCCUCCUUGCUCCUGGUCUUCAAUCCUGCCAUCCAGUUCAUGUUCUAUGAAGGUUUAAAACGGCAGCUUUUAAAGAAACGAAUGAAGCUUUCUUCUUUGGAUGUGUUUAUCAUCGGUGCAGUAUCCAAAGCGAUUGCCACCACGGUCACCUAUCCCAUGCAGACAGUCCAGUCGAUUCUGAGGUUUGGACGUCACCGACUCAACCCAGAAAACAGAACACUGGGGAGUCUCCGCAAUGUUCUCUAUCUCCUUCACCAACGAGUAAGGCGUUUCGGAAUAAUGGGGCUCUACAAAGGCCUGGAAGCCAAACUGCUGCAGACGGUCCUCACGGCAGCUCUCAUGUUCCUUGUUUAUGAGAAGCUGACGGCUGCCACCUUCACGGUGAUGGGGCUGAAGAGCGCACGCAAGCCGUGAGACACCUUCUCCUGCAAAAUGCGGAACGAUGCUCGAGAUGGGGCUUUCCUGCCUUCUGUGGGAAGAGAAGUGAUUCUUUUCUUGCUCUUUCCACCGUGAAUUUUACCCUCAGUGGCUUCAAAAGCAUCUAAGGGUAAACCUGGAGGAUAGCCAGCUGAACCUGUCACCAACUUAAUUUUAUGAUAGUUGGUUGCAUUUUACGGAGGAGGUUGGACUAAUGGUCAUACGAAAAGGAAGCAUUAUUGAAAACGUAAAAUGGAAAGUUGGUGAGAGUUAAUUGGUGUUCUUAAGCAGAAUGGGCUAUUGCUCUCGUGUAAUCUUUUCCAGUUAAAAUCUUUCCUACAUUUGCCAGCUGUCCUCUUUCCCUGAACCCUCCUCUAGGUCCUAGGACAAAUUACCUUGUAAUUCUCUUCAUAUACUUUUUUAUGUCUUAGUCUUGAUAUUUUCCUCACUAAAAAUAAUAUUAUGACUGUGCCAUGGGCAUGAUUUUAUUUUUGUUGGGCUUUUUUUCUCCUGUGUAAGGAAAAGUGUCCCCUUUACUACAUGAGCUAUUUAUUUUGUGGGCGAGAUGAAAAUUAUUAAUCCCAAAUGAUUCUAUUAUACACUAUUUGUAAACAUCACUUAUUCAUUAGUAUUUGACGUAAUUUAAAAAUAUUUAUUUUGAAUCAACCGUUUCAUUCCAAAAGGCUUGCAGUUUUAUGUUCAUCCAUACACGCCCCCAUCAAGUCAAGCCUCAAUAAA